AUGAAAAAAUUUUGCUCAACAGCUAUUGCAAUUUUCACGUUACACUUAUCUGGAGAACUGAUUGAAGAGACAUUUCCAUUUAUUGCUAAUCUGAAUGAAAAAGAUACCCGAAAUUAUAAAACUUAUGAUAUUCCUUCAACGGUCGAUUCCCGACCUAAUAUAUCGCAAGCCAACCCUUUAACCCGAAAAAUUUCAAUCUGUUUAGGUAUUCUUAGUUUAUUGGCAUUACCAGUUUUACUUUUUUACAAUUUUGGCGAUUAUGACGAUGUUACGAGAAUCCCUAAACGCUAUCAAUUAUGCAGAGACAAUUAUGAUAUUUUUGAUUACACUAUCGAAUCAUCUUUUUUUGCAUCAAAAAAUAAUGAGUUAACUAUGAUUCAGGAUGUCAAUUCUUUGACUCAAAAUUUUACCCUGAAUUUGAAUGCAUCUUCACCAAACGUUACCUUUUCACGUAUGACUUAUGCAAUGAUUAAACAAUUUGAUAGACAACUUGGAGAAUAUCAAAUUCAAGAAUUUUUUUAUCAAAAUAGUGUAGUUUAUUAUGAUUCGCCAGUAACAAUUCCGAAUAAUUAUCAAUUGUUAAGAGAUAAAUUGAAUAUUAAUGAUUAUGAAAUCCAAUCAACAUCUCUCAUUUCUCCUUAUAAUGAUAUCAAUAACACCUCGUCCACUAUUAGGGCUAUAAUAAAAGCAAUUAAAUAUCCAUCUGGAAAAUAUUCUGUUCGAGAAUUUUUUUAUGAAACUGGUGUUAAAAAUUAUCCAUACACAUUAAUAACAGCAAACUCGACAAUUCAAGAUAAAUGGCCUGCGAUUGUAGAAAUUUAUUUUACUAGUUUGGGAAAUUAUUUGGACCCAUUCUCUUUGGAAGUUUGUAAUUAUAGACUUGCGUUUUUUAAAGAAGGUUAUGAAGAAGAUAUUAAGGGUCAUAUAGAACGUAGAUGUCCCAAAGCAUCCGAAUCCAACUUUUAUAUAGUUUCAAAGGUUGAAGGAAACAGUAAUUACGAUUACAAUUAUGUCAUCGAAUCAACAGUUUAUCCUCCCUUUAUCACAUCAGAUAUAUAUGAAUCGAAUAUGACCAGCAAUAAUAAUAGUUCUUCCAAACAAAAUGACUCCUUGUCAUUAAAUGAUGAUAAAAAUUCAAGUACUAUCCGAGCUAUUAUUAAUGCUGCUCAUUAUGAAUCAGGGUAUUAUGAAGUUCAAGAAUUCUUUUACAAACCCGGUUCUCAAGACUAUUAUGAUUCUUUAAUAACUACAAAAGUUAUUUUAAAUAGUUUACUACCCGGAAUUGUUGAAGUUUCUUUCACUACUUCUGAUAAAGUUUUAGAUCCGUAUGCUUUGGAAGCUUGCGAAUAUAAACUUAUUUAUUUUAAGAAUCUUGAAGGUCAAAUCAAACGUAGAUGUAAAAGAGCUUUUGAAGAUGAUUUUUAUAUGGUUUCACAGGUUAGCGGAAGUACUUAUUGGGGUUUGAAAUUCACUCUUGGAGAUGAUGAUUCGAAAUUAUCUGCAUCAACUUCUGCUGUGUAUUAUUGGCCAAGCCGGC